GGUCUUUGAAAAGUUUUCAGGAAGUUGUUUAAAAAAUCGGAACUUCCCGAACUGUCACAGUAACAGUGUAGAAAUCGUCUUUAGUGUCAGAUAGGCUUUUUAGUGUGUGAAAAUGCAGGGCAGUGCUUAUGGUGCCUCUUUUGCCGGCGGUGCCUUUGAUAUAGGGAGCUUUGUGAAAAGGCCUCAGACUAUUUUGCGCUGCCUGAGCUGGUUAUUUUCCAUUGUGGUCUUUGCGUCCAUCACAGCAGAAGGCUAUGUCAACACAGAAAAAGGGGAUAACGCUAAGUGCAUGUUCAACGAAAACGACAGUGCUUGCAGCUUUGCGAUGGGAAUCGGAAUCCUGGCUUUCUUGGCUUGUGUUGUUUUCCUAAUCCUGGACGCCUACUUUCCAAAAAUGAGCAAUGUCAAUGAGAGAAAAUAUAUUGUCAUUGGAGAUUUGGUUUUCUCAGCUGUUUGGACAGUCCUGUGGUUCAUCUGCUUCUGCGUCCUGGCCAACCAGUGGUCCAAGACCAAAGGCACUGAUAGUAUCAGUGGCGAUGCUGCACGGGCUGUCUUGACCUUCUCCUUCUUCUCAGUCUUCAGCUGGGGUUUGUUGUCCUACUUUGCGUAUGGGAGGUAUUGCCAAGGAGUGAGUGACUCUAACCAGGAUUACACAGACCCGGCCACUGACCACACCACUCCAUACCCACCUGCCCAGUAUGCCAACAGCAGCGGCCCCAUGGGCUAUCAGCAGUCACCUUUCUCCAACCAGGAUCGCCCAGGAGAGUACCAGCCACCAUCUUACUGAAGGACUGAGAUUCAGACACGUGAAUCCAACUGUUUGUUUUUUGUUUUUUUUGUUUUUUUAAAUAAAGACGAGUGCCAAUAGUUUUCUUCACAAUUCUGGGCUAUUCUCCGCGCUCCCAUUUUUCUCCCACAGAAGUUUUUUGUACAUUUUUGGGUGCACUGAUUCUUAUUUUGCUGCAUUAUCACAUCGUUGGGUAGAUAUUUGCUGUGUUGUUUGAAUUUUCCCACAGGCGCCCUUUUUCAUGGUCGGUGAUUGUCUUGACAUAAGAGGUAAUAACGGUGCCAAUGUUGUCUCUGUAGGAGUUUCAGUAUCCAUUUUGUUUAAACUUUGAGUGGGAUUUAAAGGUUGUUAACAUAAAAAGCAAUGAUAAAACAGGUUAGGAGUUCAUUUUUUUUGGGUAACCACUUUAGCGUUUAAAAUAUGCUGAUUUUUUUUACUUUAUUUUUUAAUGUACAUGUUACGGUUCAGUAGGUUAAAGGCUUUUUCUCUUAAUAAUUUACAGCAAAUUCAGAACUAACUUUUCUGUCUUCAGCAAAUGUUUGAUCACACAGCAAACCCAUUUUUAAUUAAUGGGUUUUGUUAUAACUACUGUGUUGCUUUUUUUUAAUUAACCACUUAAAGCAGGCUUUUAUGCACUGAAAACAGUUAAUAUCUCUUUGGCCAUUAAUGUUUUGAUUCUGCUUGAGCUGUGGUUUAAUUUUUGCAGUUGUGGUGUUUUUGAUGUAGCCAGAACUAUUCAUUGUUUCUAAAGUUCAAUAUCCCUUUUUGAGGUUCACACAAAUUUUUACACAUUAUUUUCAGAAUUAUUUUGAUAUUGUGAUAAAUCUAUAUUUAUUAUCUUACAUUGUCUUAUUAAAUACAAAGGCACAUGACAAUCAAACUUUUUUCCCUCUAUAGCACUUUUUCUUGUUUUUCCUCCUUCUUGGAUUUCUAAAAUUUCACUGUUUGACUUGGCUUUAUAAUUCCUCAUUCAAGUGCCUAAUGCUGUGUCUUGUAUCAGCUGGGGUUUUUCCAAAUAAAAGCUGUUCCGGUUCCAA